AUGCCCACUUCUCAUUAUUCCUGCGCAAAGUGUUUCAUCAAAGCACUGGGAUACUCAGAGGAUGCGCUAUCUCGUCCUAUAAUUGGCAUAAUCAACACCGGAUCUGGCUUCAACCCAUGCCAUGGCAACACUCCGCAGUUGAUCGAGGCCGCCAAGCGAGGCAUCCAUCUGAACGGCGGUAUUGCUAUCGACUUUCCGACCAUUAGUUUACAUGAGGGAUUCUCGCAUCCAACGAGUAUGUUCCUUCGAAAUUUGAUGAGUAUGGAUACGGAGGAAAUGAUCCGCGCGCAGCCGGUUGAUGCUUGUAUUAUGAUCGGAGGUUGCGAUAAGACAGUCCCUGCCCAGAUUAUGGGAGGCAUUUCUGCAAACAAGCCCGUUUUGCCGUUGCUAACUGGGCCAAUGAUGCCUGGCAGUCACAGGGGGGAGAGGAUCGGAGCCUGUACUGAUUGCAGAAACAAUUGGGCAUCAUUCCGGGCGGGGGCUAUAGACGUGGAAGAGAUUACCUCGAUUAAUGAGGAGCUUGCGCCAACGAUUGGAACAUGUGGCGUCAUGGGCACAGCAAGCACUAUGGCGUGUAUCACCGCCGCAUUAGGACUAACUCCCUUACAGGGCGCUUCAGCACCCGCUGUAUCGGCUGCAAGACUGCGGAUAGCGGAACAAACGGGUGCCAACGCAGUAGCCGCUGCAAAAGAGCAAAGAACACCACGACAGAUCCUGUCAGCCGACUCAUUCUAUAACGCCGCUGUUGUUCUCCAGGCCAUUGGCGGGUCAACAAACGCGAUGGUCCACCUAAUGGCCAUUAUCAACCGACACCCCGAUAUCAGCGGAACAAUCAAUCUCAAGACACUCGAUGAGAUUGGUCGAAGCACGCCCCUCCUAGUGGACUUGAAGCCCAGCGGAGACAACUAUAUGACAGACUUUCACAACGCCGGUGGCAUGCUAUGUCUUCUGCAUCGCCUACGACCAUUGCUUCGCGAAUCUGCGAUGACAAUUACCGGCGAAACACUGGGAGACAUACUAAACCGAACACCGUUCCGGGACUUCGAGUACUCGCGGCAGAUCAUCCGAACCCUCUCCAAUCCGCUCUGCCCCUCUUCCUCAUUGGUUGUUGUGGCGGGCAAUAUAGCCCCCAACCGGGCGGUCAUCAAGGCAUCCGCUUCCAAAGACAAACGACUCCUCCGGCAUAGAGGUCCCGCAGUGGUAUUUGAGAACCCCCGGGAUCUAGCUAAAAGACUAGACGACCCCGAGCUUGAGGUAACUGCAGAUUCUGUUCUCGUUCUGCAAGGCAUUGGGCCCAUUGGGAACCCGGGGAUGCCUGAAGCGGGCAUGAUUCCUAUUCCUCGCAAGCUGGCAGCUCAGGGAGUGACAGAUAUGUUGAGGAUAUCGGAUGGGAGAAUGUCUGGUACUGCUGGAGGGACAAUUAUCUUGCAUGUUUCCCCAGAGUCUGCAGUACCGGAGUCGCCGUUCGGUGUUGUUCGGACGGGUGAUAUGAUUUUUUGCGAUGUAGAAGCUAGGUUGCUGCAGCUGGAUAUUAGUGAGGAGGAGCUCCAAGACAGGAUUAGACAGCGAGAGCAAGCAGUCACGGAGUCGGAGGACUCCACGUGGAGGAAGAGACGGUAUCAACGGGGGUAUCGGGGUCUUUAUGAGCGGGAAGUCAAUCAAGCACACCUGGGGGCUGACUUUGAAUUUCUGACUGCGAAUGGGCCGGUGGUUAGUGAGUAG